AUGGGCGACAUCUUCGACGCGGGCUCCAACUCCAAGCUCUUCACUCCUCUCGACAUUGCCAAUGGCAAGAUUCAUCUCAAGCACAGAAUCAUCCAUGCUCCUCUUACCCGAAAUAGAGGAACACCACUGAGCCCUGAAUCGACACCCGAGAACCCUAACCGAGUUUGGAUCCCCAAUGAUCUGAUUGCCGAGUAUUACUCUCAGCGAGCUACUGAUGGCGGUCUCAUCAUCUCGGAGGGUCUUCCUCCCUCACUAGAGGGAAACGGUAUGCCAGGAGUUCCUGGAAUCUUCCUCUCAGAGCAGGUCCAAGGCUGGAAAAAGGUCGUUGACGCUGUCCAUGCCAAGGGUGGUUAUAUCUACGCUCAACUCUGGCACUCUGGCCGCGCCAACAUUCCCCAGCUGACCGGUACACCCAUCGUGGCUCCCUCGGCCACACCAUGGGACGACCCCAACGAGACCUUCGCCUACCCUCCUCCUCAUACUUCCACGCCCGUCAAGCUCGCAGAUUACCCUCCUGUAGAAAUGACAGUUGAGAAGAUCAAGAGCACCAUCGGCGAUUACGUCAACGCUGCCAAGAACGCACUCGAAGCUGGAUUCGACGGCGUUGAAGUCCACGGUGGAAACGGUUAUCUUCCCGAGCAGUUCCUCUCGUCCAACAUUAACAAGCGAACUGACCACUAUGGCGGCUCUGAGGAGAAGAGGUGUAAUUUUGUGCUGGAACUUAUGGACGAGCUGGCCAAGGCUGUUGGUCAGGAUAACCUGGCUAUUCGUCUCACACCCUUUGGUCUCUUCAACCAAGCCCGUGGUGAAAAGCGAGUUGAGACAUGGGGACAUCUUUGCCGUGAGCUAAAGAGCCAAUUCCCUCAGCUUUCAUACGUCAGCUUCGUUGAGCCUCGUUUCGAACAAAUCUUCUCCGAAGCCGAGAAGCAGCAAUUUCUCGGAUCUUGGGGUCUUCCCACUGUUGACCUUUCGCUGUUCCGAAACAUUUUUUCAGGCACUCCCUUUUUCUCAGCUGGCGGCUUUAAUGAUGUCAACUCUUGGGGAGUUGUUGAGAGUGGUCAGUGCGAUGGUAUGCUUUAUGGACGGUACUUUAUCAGCAACCCUGAUUUGGUUGAGAGGUUACGAAAUGGAUGGCCUCUUCAGCCUUAUGAUCGCUCUACAUUUUAUGGGCCUUUCGAGGAUAGUACUACUGGUUAUACUGACUAUCCCUUUUACAAGGGUGAAUAG